AUGGACGCUCAGUUUGCGGCGAUUGCCGCAGACGCUGCUAAACGAUACUCGAAUUCCUCAGAAAUACAGCUCGAUGAUUACACAUCGCCAACAGUCAAGACCGUUGACGAAGUCAUCAAACAAGUCGAGCUUCGAAAUGCCCAAUUCGCGGCGUUUCGCGCCAAACGCCGCGCUGUAUUUAGUGCCAUGGCCACAGCAAUGAGGCCGGUCGAGGUAUUAGGGGAAAUCAUCGGUGGCGCUGCUGAAAAAGGUUUCCCUCCUGCCCAAAGCGUAUUCAGCGCCGUCGUCUACCUCAUCCAAGCCGCCAAGGACACCAGCGCAAUGUACGAUGGCAUCACUGAACUGUUUGAGCAACUACAUGACUUCACUGCCCGUUUAAAUAUAUAUAUUCAGUAUAAGCUGUCUCCGCCGCUCAAAGAAAAGCUGACAACCAUCCUGGCGACUUUGUUCAAAGUGUUGGUUAUUUCCACGCAAGAAGUCCGUCGUGGCAGAUUCAAAGCCUACUUCAAGCGCCUUUUCGGAAUGGGCAGCCCUAUCAAGGAAGCCUUGGAGAGAUUGCAGGCCCUUACUACCGGAGAAGAGAAAUUGGUCUUGGCGGAAACAUAUGGCAGCGUAUCAACGCUUCACGACACGACUGAAAGGGUAGAGAACCUCGUCAGUCUCGUCAACGAAAACGUGAGGAACCUUAGACUCGAUCAUCUUGGACAAAUUGACCUCUACCAAAGAGACAAACUCAAGGCAGUUCUAGAGCCGUCGCCAUUUGCGGAAGACUUCUACUCGGCCUUUAUAAAGUCUAGAAUUGCAGGUACUGGCGACUGGAUUUUGCAAGAUGAGACGCUGCAAUCCUGGAUUAAGGGCGAGAAGCAGUAUCUGUGGAUAUGCGGAAGUCCAGGCACUGGAAAGUCCUACCUCACAGCACGUCUCGUUUCGUGGGGUAUGGAGAAUCUUGGAAAUAUGGCUUACUUUUUCUUCCGCGAGAACAAUCCUGAAACAAAGUCAGUUGUUCAAGCAAUUCGUGACAUUGCUUAUCAAAUGAGCGAAAGCGACGCAUCUUACGCAAAAGCUUUGAUGAACAGUCUUCAAAGCGCCGAGGAAAUCAAGACAGUGGCGAGUGCUUUUCGGCGCUUGCUCGUUCAACCUCUUCAAGAUCCCGCGCGAACCACACCAACGUACAUAUUUCUGGACGGAAUCGAUGAAGCGUAUCACGAGGAUAUCAACCAGCUAUUGUUCCAGCUUGCUCCCGACGAAAACGCGGAAAUCGAAUACUCUUCAAAUAUAUUCAUCGCUCUUGUUGGACGAUCGUACAUGACAGAAAAUGUCACCAACAAAUUGGACCCUCAGGGACGUGGUGAUGUUUUCAGCACAAUUCAGAUCACUACGGACCGAAGCGCUAGUGAUGUUGCGGCUUACAUCGCGAAUGGAGUCGCACAAUCUCGAAUUCUGGCCCGAACCCCUGUUUUAUUCAGAGAAGAGGUCAUGAAAACCAUGGAAAAACAGGUCGACGGACUUUUCAUCCUUGCGAAAUUCAUGCUGGCCGAAGUAAAUCGCAAGCGUCAUCCAAGGUCCAUCCAGAAAAGUCUCGAAACAUUCCCCAAAGAGAUUGACGGCAUGUUAUUACGAACCCUGGAAAGCCUGUCUGAGACAAUAUCCCCAGAAGAAGCAGAAGACCUCAAUGAGAUGCUGCGUUGGAUCGUCUGCGCAGAGGAGGCAUUAUCGCUGGAGCAGCUUGAAUCAGUUCUCAUUCUGCAAUUUGGAGAUCCACCAUUCCGACUUGAAGAGACACUACGAGGCCAAUAUGGCUGCUUCUUCGAACUCGAACGGGAAGAUGGGCUCACAACCGAUGACCUGAUUAAGGAAUUCGAAAGAAAGCAGCAAAUUUUCAGGAGAGACACCAGCCCAGCAAUGAAAUAUAGCCCCGAUAGGCGUGUCACUAUGAGCGAAGCUAUCGCAGCUCGGGGUGCUCUGAGACCCAAAGCUCAUGAAGAAGCGAUGCGUCGUUUGAGCAUGUCAUCGGGUGAGAGCUCUCCGCACAGUCCAACGCGGAGUAUUGACUUGGCUGUCACCUCCACUGAGAUGGAGUACCGAUCGAAAAAAUCCACGACUUCUGUCACUUUCUUCCAUAGCACGGUUCGCGAAUUUUUCAGGAAUUUUUCGACCAACAUGGCCGAGGCCUCAUUUCAACCAAGCAUUACUUUUGACAAUGUUGAAGCACGGCUACACAUUGUGAAAACCUGUCUCAAGAUAUUCUUUGAUACGAAAUGGUUUGAAAGCUUCAAUCUUGGUCCGGGAAAGGCGGCCAUAAAGCAGUAUGCUGCGUGGUACUGGCAAGACCACCUUGCCGCGCUGGACCCGAUUGCCGUUGAUAUCAGCAUCAAGAAAGAAUUGGCACCGCAGAUCGUUGCUAUGCUUGCAGAUGAAGCGACCAUUAAUGCAUGGACCUUUCUCUACUUGAAGAACAACGAAGGUUUGGAUGUACUGAACCAAACCAACCUCCUGGGCAUCAUGCGCUGGCUCUCUGACGCUGAUGUGGUUGGUUGCUUGACUGGCCCUGCGAAAGCUUUUGCCUCAUCUCUGGCAGAGAACCCAUCCAAGAUUUCUGAGCCGAUUGGUCGUCAGUAUGCGAAAGCCUGGCUUUGCGCAGACUAUGAGGGCUACAUUCCGACUGUGUUUUGCUUCGAUAUCGUGCAAAGUGCAGCACUCAUGGCUUCUGGCUACAAGAGUACCGGGGACGAGAAGCAUUGGCUUGAAAAGUCUCUUGAUGACAGAAUUGCCAAAGCGUCUGCAUGGGCUGGCUAUCCCGAAACAGGAGUAUGGCACAGGAGAAUUGGGAGCACGUAUUUGACCCUGGGCAGACACGACGAUGCACUCGCACAUUAUAACCAGGCAUUAGAAAUGGAUAACAACAAACUGCUCACAUACGGAAGGAUUGCAUAUUGCCUGUCAAAGGAUAGAAGAUACGGAGAGGCCCUUGAUAUGGCGCUGGAAUGUGUGGUCCUCGAGGAGCGAGCCGCUGCUGACGGAAAAUUCGCCGCAGACGCGACCCAACGCAGCAAAUGGCGGCUGUACAAAGAUUAUUUUCUCAUCGCUCAGUGCUACUACCAUACAUUCCAAGUCGAAGAGUCGCUUGAAUACUACCGCAAGGCCAUUGAAAUUGCCGCGGCUGUUAAGCUCAACCCGUCGGAACAGUUUCAAUCCGAGGUCGGCUAUCUAGAGACUCUCUACAAUGAGAAUCUGCACAUGGAAAUUAUGCAAGUUGUGGAGCAGCUGUCGUUGCAAAUUGCAACCAAGACGAAAGGAGGGAGCCGUUUGGUGGAAAUGUUCCUAGCGCAGGCUAAUUCACGCCUCGUCCUCGACUGGAUUCCAAAGGCUGCUGGUACCACGGGGAAGGCAGAAUUAGUAUUGGAUUUACUGGAAUCGUCUAUUGCGACUGCGUAUGACCUGCGCGAUCCGGUCAUUGUUUUGUAUCUGCGGCUUGCCUACGCUGCUGUAUGCGCUUACAGUCACUUGGCCGAGCGUGCAACGGCCGACUUGGAGCGGAUUUCUCUCGAUGAAUACCGUCCAAGAGGAACCAUUAUUAUUCGGCAAGCGCAUGCAAUUUCUUUUCAACGACUAGCAGCUUUGUACAAACGGCAGCUGUUGCACGCAGGAAUACACUCGGGCGAGGCUGCAGAUUGGAUCCGCAAACUGGAAGAGGUGAGACGCCAGCAAGAUCAUCAUCAAAGCACAGACACGCCCAUGAAUGUGCGAGGCUCCGAUAUCAACAUGGCAGCAGUCUACCUCGGGCUCCAUCAGCGCCUCACAGGGAAACAAGAGGCCGCGAACAGAACCCUGAAACCACUGGUUUUAGACAGCUUGGACCUGCUUGCUGAUUCCGAGCCGGAGAAUGAUGUAUAUGCUUUGGACAACCUUCUCUGGCUCAUGACGGCAGCGGGAGAUGUGAGCCGAGCCAAGGCUUUGGGCCAGUCUAUGCGCCGGGUCAACCCCAAUGCGUCUAUGGUGACUACGCAGAGCGAUUCACCUAUUCUGCAGCGACUGGAGCCCAAGUUGCCAAACAUUCAGUUGUCGGACCGCAGUUGUGGUCAGUGCCUGCACAACAUUUCAUGCAGUGACGACUUUUCUAUUUGCCUGUAUUGCAUGGAGUGUUUCUGUAUCCGCUGCAUUAAGAAUGUCAUCUCAGUGCCGGGCAACAAGACUGGCGAUAAGCGCAGCAACGUCGUUUGUCGAAGUGAUCAUGAGUGGUUUGUUGUGCCGCCCCUCAAUCGCUCUCUCCAUACGGGUGAGAUUUUGGAGGUUUCGGGAAUCAAGCUAUUUGGUGAUUGGGAGGAGGCAUUGCGAAAGGAGUGGAUGGCGAAAGGCAUCUGA